CGCAGAAGGUAGAGGAACCUGUAGUGGAACUUUUUGUCGUGGGGGUGUAGUGCGAGGAGAAAUCUCCGAAAAGAAACGGGACUCUUCUCGGUUCGGAUUCGCUGUGGUGCUGGAUGCUGCUUGGAACGGGACUAACUGAUGCCGCACAUCGUUGCUGGAAACCGUACUGGGCAGUGCUAAUGUUGGCAAGACAUUUGCACCGGUGGUAGGGAAAACUUCCACCGCACCGCAGUGAAUCCGUCCGGAACUGGACCGCAAUGGCCGCACCAGCUGGCCGGAAUUGUGCCCAACAGUGACAGCCGGCGACCGCUGCCAGUGAUAUUCGGUCAUACCCAUUAGUGAAUCAGAAUACAAUCGGAAGAUAUCGGUGUAAAAUUGGCGAGAAGGCCCAGAGAGACAGCUGUGUGUGAAACAAUAGUGCAUUAGGAAACAAAGGUGACGUGCGCUUAGGAACGCGACGACGGCGCCCUCUAGGCUGUUCGAGUUGCAGCAAGCAGCAGCAGCAAGCGCAAUUUGUGAAGCGAGAAAAAAAGUGGAAUACAUAAGCUGGCUGCCUCGAAAGCGAAGGGAAUAAGAAAGCUGCCUCCUCAUCAGCUAAACCUAGCAGCAGCAGCGGCAAAGUAACUCGUCGCGCGAUCGCGACGACCCAAGUUUGAGUGGAAGCGGCGAGUGAAGAAAUAUUUGGGAAGAGAAAGCGGUGGUAUGGUUUAAUUUGGGUUGGUUGAGUGUGUAAGUGCAUUUAGGAUUAGUGAAGAGAGCGGCGGUGCUGAAAGCGUUUCUAGCACUAAGGCCAGCCCCAAAUAUUAUCAUAUAGAUAAAUAGAUAUCGUAGUGAAAAGAGAGUACACCAAGAUAAGUGUCACCCAGUGGGAGCGUUGCACGGGGAAGCAAGCCGCGCUCUAGUUUCUAGCGCAUCGCGUCGGAUCGCACAUGUGUUGUGUACGUACGUGCUGAGAGUGAUUACGUUUGGCGGUGCGGGCUGUGGAAUUCCUCGAUAAGGGCACGGAUUGAGAAUUUAGUGGCAGUAGCGGCAUAAGAAGCGGCAUUGGUGGGAGCAGAAGUGGAGUAUGGAAUCGCAGCAGGCUCAACAGCCGAGACCUGCUUACGAGAUGGAGACGCAGGAGUCGAGAUUUGCCAAACAGCGCGCCUCGGUGAAGUGGCUCCUGUCGAAGGCGUACAACAACCGCGUUCCAGAGUUCCUCAAGGAUCCGUUCUACCGGGACCACGAGGGACAGGACCACCUCAAGCCGCAGAUCGUCGUCGGGCUAGGCAAUGCCUCCAUCUACUGCCAGGUGCUGAGCAACAUCUACUCUGACCCGAACUAUCAGAGCCUAAACCACUGGUCGAUCCUGCAGACACUGUCCCGCAAGGGUGUGCCACUGAACGAAUCUCCGGACCUGCCCCUCACCGAGACCGUUCUGAUUCAAACGAAUCCUCUUAGAAUUAAUGCCCACAUGACUGUGAUAGAAGCGCUGAUGGUGUUGUACGCUAAAGAAGUGGCUUCCAGUGGAAGAAUUUCCAGUGCAUUGGAAAGAAUAUCCGGCCGCAAUGUGUCGCAAGGCGCUCAGCAUCACGAAGCUGCCUUACUGAGCUGGAUUUCGCACGUAUGCAGUGCGCUGAAAAGGCGCAUCGACUAUGAACUCACAAAUGGAGUCGGUGGUGGCGGUGGCGGCGGCGGCAGUGGUGCAGCAAACCCAACAGUCGACGAAUACGGUCAACGGUUGCAGAGUCCGACGAUUGCACCGGUGCGGGACAUCCGCGAACUAUGCGACGGAGUCUGUUUAGCUUAUCUCAUAUCGUAUUACUGUCCCAAACUAGUUCCUUGGCAUAGUGUUAAAUUCAACCACGUACCGACCAUCGAGGACUCCAUACACAACAUCCUCAUAGUUAGUAAUUUCUCCGAGCGAAGUUUGCCAUACUCAGUGUUCCACAUGACGCCAGAGGACGUAACCUACAUGCGAGGAGCAAUGAAGCAAAAUCUGGUCGUUCUACUGGCCGAUCUGUUCAAUCUGUUCGAGAUCCAUCCGGCCAAGUGUGUAUGCUAUCCCGGCAUGGAACAGCAGCAGGUAGCCGAUUCGGCUGCAACGAACGAGCACGGCAUUGCGCAUCGGCGCGGCUUCGCCACCCAUCCGCCGAUCCUGGCCAUUCCCGAGCUGCGUUCCGGGCUCGAUUCGCCGCCGGGCAGCGGCGGUAGUGCUGCAAGCGCUGGAAGCGGCAACGGCAAUGGCGGUGCCCAUCCGAGGCCACCGUUUCAAGUGACCCGUUCACCUUCUGCGAGUACCCUUCGGAAGCAUGUUUCCGCUCGGGAUAUGCACGAUCAACAGCAGCAACCACAGUAUUCACAGCAUCCACAGCAGUCACACCAACCAUACCAUCAGGAUCAGGAUGAAGGCUUUGUGGUGCAUCGCAGUAAAGGAGUGCCAACACUGUCCUCGAUGCAGGAACCGCUGGUUCCUGCACGGAUAAGACAAGCCAAGGAGAAAACCAACAACGACUCCAAAGCGGAAGAGCGUGGCGAUAGUAUCCCAGCAGGUCGGCCCAGCAAUUGGGAGGAAAAUCGGAAGCAGAGCUUUUCAGGUCGCCGUUCGCGGCGCAACUCGCUCAGCGAAGACUCUCAGCUGACGAUCGAGAACUUUGGUGGUUCGCAAGACCAGCUCAACACGAUCGGGCGGUUCGAGCGAGAGCGAAAGAUCUCCAGCGCGAGUCUCACCUCGGUGGAACCCGUUACACCGGCGCGGUCAUCCAUAGCCGAUGCACGCGGCUCCAUUCAGUUUGGGUACGACACGGACUCGUCCGGCAACGAGAAGCAGGACCGGGACACGGAAAAGCCCACGCCGACCCUGCGGCGUCACAACAGCACCAAUCUACAUUCCAGUGGUAGCGCCGAGCGCGACAUCAUCGAUGGUGACAUGAGUUCUGUUGGGUUCGGCGGCGGCGGUGGUAGUGCCGGUCCUAUCAGCGUAGCUGAUGUGGAAACCACACCGCGCAGGAAAACCUCAUUCGCAACGCUGCCAAACAACACAACCACGUGGCAGCAGCAGGCCAUCAGCGUGCAAAAGAUGGAAGAUGUCGAUGACAGCCAGCCGGGCUUCGAAGAUGCAACCAAAAUAUCCACCAUCAAGCUGAAGCUGGAGGAGAAGCGACGGCUGAUCGAGCAGGAAAAGCGACGGAUGGAGACCGCCUGGUCUAAGCAGCUUCAAACGGUUGGAAAACAAGCCUUUUUACAAGCUAUUAACAAGCAGGGCAAGGGUGGCGGCAGCAUGUCGGAGUCAGACGCUUCCAAAGAGUCCCCCGAGAAUGCAUCGACGACAAUGGUGAUGGAGGACAGUAUUACUGCUACCACUACUACCACCAGCACCGUAGACCGUGCCGAACGACCGUGUUCUCUGAAGGAUCUAGAUGAUCAGAGUAAAUACGAGUCGAAGUGGAAUGCACAAAUCAUCGAACCGAAGAAAACGCCAGAUUUGGAGAACAUGGACUUGGAACAGUAUCAACAAAGUAUAUCAAAAAUGAACUCCAACCUGCACGAUAUCCAGGCCGACAUUCAGCGUCUCACCCAGCAGCAGACUCAAAUCCAAGCGCAAACCCUCCAGGCCCAGCAGUUAUUGCAUGCCCAACAGAUUGCGAACCUCCUGAAUCAGCAAUACGGCUCACAGCAAAACAUCCAGCAAACCAUCCACGGAACCUACCGGCCCAUCAAUGCACAGCUCUUCGGCUCUAGUCCUCACCUGCCUCAGCAGAAUGCCUCUCUGCUGCAGCAACAAUCGCCGAUCAACUACGGAACCCGGCCGCCUAGUCGUGAUCCGUAUCUGACUCAACAGCAGCAACUUCACACCCUGCAGUACGUCAACGACCAGGGGCAAUACAUUCAACAGGCCCAGCAACAGCAGCAGCAGCAGCAGCAUUACAUGGGCUACGAGAACGGUCAAUAUCGGAAAGAAAAUCAAUACUCAUCGAAUCCCUAUCUGAACUUAGAUCAACAGCAGCAACAGUUCUACCAGGACUCGAACCACUACCGGGACCCAUAUUUACCGCAGGAGGUGAAGGAACCUCCCAUCCAGCAGCAACAAUCGCAGCACAAUCAAUUUUUCUUGCACGAUAGUAGUGGUGGCGGCGGUGGUGGCUUAGGCACUCCGCCGCAGCCUGCCCAACGCCGGACGUGGGCACAGUCAGCUGCCGCUGCCGCUAACCAGCGAGGAAAUAGCGCCUCUAGCGAUAUCCAACUAGAUAUUAAUGCAUGGAAUCAAGGCAUCAAGAGUUCACCGUAUAACAAAUCUCCUAGUCAAAGUGGCUUUUCGCUGCAUCACAACGGUGACUCUGGUGGCGAUGGGUACGGAACCGGAAGCCGAUACGGCGGUAGUCAACAGUCAUUCCAAAAUCUGUUCGAGGUGCAUCACGGCUCGUCCAGCAGUCCGCAGCACAAUCGCGUGCGGAACCAAAUAUCGCAGAUGAUCAACCACGGGGGCAGCAGUAAUUCGUCGCCGGGGGCCGACACCCGCAGCACCCAUCACGACUCGUUCCGGGACAACCGGAAUAUGCCGCUGUCGCCACCGAUUGACGAUAUGGCCCCGCAGAGUAUUUCGUUCAUCGGCGACGAAGACACGGGCGACAUUGAGAUCAACACAUCGAAGGGAACUAGCUUUACGCUGCGCCAGCAGCAGCAACAGGAACAGCUGGAUCAGCUGUACGGCAGCAGUAAGCUGGGCAGCAACAAGAUGCAGCACAACAACGGGCCCGAGCUGAACAAACACCUGAGCAAACUGAACAUUACCAGCGGAAAUCGUACUUAUAGGAUUCCGUCGCCGACGCGGCCGUCGCUGAAUUCCAACAGUUUUCAUGACCCUCAGCAGGACGAUGUGAACGAGAAAGGUUUCUACAUCUCAUUUGACAACGAGCAGCCGAAGCGACCGAAACCUCCUCUCCGAACCAAGCGUUCACCGAAAAAGGACAAACUGGGGGGAGGUGACGAUCACAGCAAAGAAUCCGAAAGACCCAGCCAUAGAGAAAACAAUCAAAACAAUUUCGGCACCUUUAGCGUGAAGACCGCUAACAGUUUCUCGGCCAAUUUCAACGAGGAGCAAGUGGUCGGUCGCAGGAGUAUUAUCGAUAGUGCAACGUCGCCGUUUGAAAGCGUGGCCGCCGGAAGUAAUAGAUCCAGUAACAACAACAAUAACAACAGCAUCAACUUCCAUAGUGGUAACAGCAUGGCUCCGACCAUGGAGCGGGACAUUGGCGAGCGGCGGCAUCUGGAGGAUGUGACGAAUCAUACCAGCAGUGCGAUGAUCAAUAACAACAUCCAUCAUUAUAACAACAACAACAGCGGGGACGGGUAUGGCAGCGAGAACGAGAACCAGCGGAAGGCCAAACUAGUGAUAGGGAACGAUGCGGGCAAUCUGGAUCCGAAUUCCGUCGACGAGAUGGAGCGAAAGAAGGAGAAAAUCAUGCUACUUUCGUUACAACGGCGGCAACAGGCGGAGGAAGCCAAAGCUCGCAAGGAGAUCGAUGCCAUGCAGCGACGGGAGAAGGAACGAGAGAAGGAAGAAGAACGGGCACGCAAGAAGGAGGAACAGUUUGCCAGGCGGCAGGCCAUCCUCGAAGCGCACAAACUCAAAAAGGCCAUCGAAGAAGCGGAGAGAGAAGGUAAGACCAUCGAUCGGGAACUUCUGAUCAAGCACCAGCAGAGCCAAGCUCAGCUGAAUCAGUCCGGACGGGGCGGUGACGGCGGUAUGCACCAAAGCUCAUCGACGCCGGCACCGAAGAUGCGACCGCAGAAGCUCAGCCGGCCGCGACCGAAGACGAUACACGUCGAGACGGGCUCGGUGGAUCUGAGCGAAGCCUCCAGCCUCAGUAGUCGGGGUAAGAAGGGAUCCAACUCGAAUCUGACCGGAAUCGGCCUGCACAGCUCGAACUCCAUGCGACGAGAUUACUACCGGGGAUCGCAGGACUCAUUAGCGAUAAGAGAAUCACCGGAUGAAUAUCCAAGUAGCAGCUCAACGCCGAUUGGCCGACGGGGCUCGUACAAAACUGGAAGAGAACCAGCGACGAUCGAACGAGGUCGUACCUUAUCACGUAUCUCGCUAGCGAAAGGUGCCAAUUUCCGGGGACGUAAAUCCAACUCCCUGAUGAAUCUAUGCGACUCCGACUCCGGUCUGGGGCGUGCGACGCCACCGCGGCGCGCUCCGUCGCCCGGCAUGGGUCCCUCGAGUCGCCAUCUGCCAUCGCCGUCGGGUCCCGGGUCGCUACCGCCGGGCCUGAUCACCAAACGUCGCGGCUUCGACGAUGGAUCCAGUGAUAUAUCUUCCACCGCCAGCUCCAUGAUGGACUACAAUGGUCCAAAGCUUUACAAACAACCCGCGACCAAAUCGAAUAGGGGCAUCAUCCUGAAUGCCGUCGAGUACUGUGUCUUCCCCGGUGCGGUGAACCGCGAGGCCAAACAGAAGGUGCUGGAGAAGAUUGCCCGAUCGGAGGCGAAACACUUCCUCGUUUUGUUCCGCGAUGCGGGCUGCCAGUUCCGGGCGCUGUACGGAUACUGGCCGGAAAACGAGCAGAUUAUCAAACUGUACGGAACGGGACCGAGCCAGGUCGACGAUGUGAUGUUCGAUAAGUUUUUCAAAUACAACUCCGGUGGCAAAUGCUUCUCGCAGGUGCACACCAAACACCUCACCGUGACGAUCGAUGCAUUCACGAUACACAACUCGCUGUGGCAGGGCAAGAAGGCGAACCUCCCGAGCAAAAAGGACAUGGCCCUGGUGAUUUGAAGCGCUGGCCGGUCAGCUACAAAAGUGCUAUAACUAACUACAAAUCUGCGUGCUGUAGGAAUUCCUGCCCCAGGAAUCUCGUUCCGGUUAUUCUGCUGAGGAAGGGUGAGCAUGGGUAAACUCGGUGUGUCAAACAACAACUCCACAACCAACCAAACCAACAACAAAAAAAAACAGGAAACGGGACAGUAUUUUUCUUCCUCCGUAGUGAUGUCGUCGUCUGUAAGGCGGAUCGGGAAUUGAGAUGAAUGCGUGCGCCCUAGUGAAUGUGAUUCAACUUAAGAAUAAGGAACUGCGUGAGACGAAUUGAUUUUGUUUUCCAGGACCAGGUGAAACUUGGUUGAGCAGGUUCCGCAUGAUUUUUCCGUUGCCUAGAAGGAACACGCUCUUUGAUAAUCGUAAUCAUGAAUAUCAUGUUUGCUUUUUUGUGUAAAAAGGUAGCUUUCCCUUGCAAAUUUCUUACAACUUUCUGCCGCAUGCUCUGAAGUACUAGGAAACUCAUAAAUUAACUACUGUUGUAAAUAGGCUCUUAUGGAUAAUAUGAAUAAUUAGUUAGCGCUCUCUUCCCAACAAAAGUUAUGAGGAACAAGUUAAGUUCAUGUUCAUAUGAAAAAGUCACUUUUAGAAAAACAAAUUAUCAAUGAACAAAAAAGAGAGUUUUCUGUUUGUUUCUAUCGAUUGCACCCAAUCAAUAAACGUAGCAAAGACAGCAUUACUACAUUGUCAGUGUCUAAGGCGAGUUCGCCUCAUCGAACUUUCGGAUGAUGUUACUGAAACAUAUUUGCCGGUGUUUAAAUUAUUCAUUAGCGGCAGUUGCACUGUUCAAAUGGGAAAUUCGCCCGCAAUGUGCGUGGAACCAAGCUUCAGUGCGCACUCCGAAUCAAUUUUUGCGCCGUGAAAUGUUCAUAAAAGAUUAAAAACAACUCCCAAGCAGAAGCCAACAACCACAUUCGAGAAUAAUACAAUAACGCACUCACACAGUACUGAUAUGCAGACGGAGGUGUAACUAAAUAACUAAACAAUUGAAAAAACUAGGAAAUUGAAAACAAUAGUGAUUAGUAAUAUAAGAAUUAAUUUAUUUCAUCUCUUGUUUUCCACAACUUCCGCAACUCCUUCAAGGUGUCUAAUUCAAAUGUGGGUAGCGCUGUUCUUGUUUCAAUAUUAAUUUGAUCGUAUCUGAACGCAGUCUACGAUGUUACCCCACAGUGACUGCGCUGAACGUGCAACAUUUGUUUAGUUUUAUUUGAUCCGGACGCGACUGAUUACUUGUAUGAAGAUCCUAAUUUCGUGCACUUGACUGCUUUUGUGGAAAGUUUCAUCCUUGGACAUGACAAUAUUAUAUGUAUCUAUUAAAAUUCAGGAGCAGCUCCCCAAUAAUAAUUACAUUUUUAGGAAAAAUAAUUUUAUCUGCAUAUGUAUAAUGUUGAUUUACUGAUUCAGGCCUUAAAACCAAACUUUAAACUUCAUUGCUAGAAAUUCAAUAUUUAUUCAUUCCAUUUAGAUCAAACUUCAUCAAAUUGUCUCCUAUGAUAAUGAUUGGGUGAAAGAAUUGAGGAAGAAAUGCUUUCCGAUUGUUAUACAAAGGAUUAAAAAUCCCAAAAAUAUGUGUCGCGUAUAUUAGUGACAGUCUUCAGAGUUCAUACUAGAGAAAUCUAUGAAUAUUUUGGUUUCAUGUUUGAGGACAUUAUUUCCAUAUUGAAAUAGCAGCCAAGCCCAGAAAACUGUGUGACCAGAAACAUAUAAAUAAUCAGACGUACCAAACAACCCUAAAAGAAAAUAGGCAAAUGUAUUAUCGCGGAUGACAAGUUGAUGAGAAAAUAAUGCGCGAACAAGUCCAUUAGUUGUGUAAGUUGAUGUUUGUGUGUGAAUGAGUGCAACGGGAAAACAAUUCCUUGACACACUUCGCUCUGGUUGAAUAAAGACUUUGGCAAAUGUUUUACCUAGUUUUUUAGGAUUCUAAUUCGUUUCCAUUUUGUCGGUGGUUGUCGUCCUCAAACGAUUCCCCAAACAGACAAACUCUCACAAAAAAAAACAUGUCUAAUCAUUAUUUUUAAUGAACGAAUAAUCAUGAAAUGGAAUAAUACUUGGUAUAUAUUAUUUGUGGUUAACGCUUAACCUAGUUGUGCAAGACAAAAGAUAAUUAAAAGGGAGCAUUUGUGCAAACUAAACUAAAAAAAAGAUUAACUUAUCGAUGAUUCGAAUAAAAUAACUGAAACGAGGGAAUAGGAGAAAUGUUGUUGAAUAAUUAAAUUCUCAACUCUGAUUUACGUUAAUCAAACUACCAAUGGAAUGGAAAUUAUUCUGCUGUUAACGGAGAAACAGCAAUGCCACUUAAUUUAACUAGUAAUUUGUUCUAAAAAAUCCUCACCACUUCGUUUUGUACAUCAUGCCCUCCUGUGUAUUAGUCUAUUGUCUGAUGCAAACAAAACAAACACAAACAACAUCAAAAAAGAAUGGAACAAAACAAGUUAAUGAACGAAAACCAAUUUUAUUUAAGGAUUAAAAUAUAAUCGUUUUUAUUAACAA